UUGCAACGGACGGCGAACAGCGCAUAAAUCGGUGCGCUUCCCGAGUAGCCACGCGUUAACUGUGCUAUCUUGCUGAUUUUUCAAAUAAAAUUGCGCAUUUUCAUAAAGUAUUGGUGCGUUUUAAUUACGAAUUGGAAAAUAAGUGAUCGCAUUAAUAUUGCAAUUGAUGCAAUUAAUUGUGUUGCAUUAUUGAUGAGUGUUGAUUGAAAAGUGAACGUGAAAGUGUUUGUGUGUCGAUGUGUGCGAGAAGUCACCGCGCGCACGAGUGCGUUGCAUUGACGACCGCGAAACUGGUUGAUCCAUAGCGCGCCGGAAUGGUUGAGCGCAGGCGCGCGGAACUCUUAACCGUCAACCGUCAAGUGGCAGCAGCAGCAUCAACCAACGAAAUCACUGUGGCUGUCAUCGCGCGUUACUUCCCAAUCUUUACUUUCAUCUUAGAUAUUUGCCACAAUGUAUAUACAUACAUAUGUAUACAUAUUAGGUACACUGGUAAUAUGAAUGAAGAAAAUUAAAAAAAAAAAUUGAAAAUAACAAAAAAAAACAUUGUGUGGAGCUGAAGUGCUGAGUGAAGCUAUGGUAAAUUGACGAGAUUACUAUCACUGAUCCGCCUGAACCAAAAAACAACAAUUAAUUGAAAAUCGGUGACAGCAGCUGUCACUUUCAAUGCGCUUACAGCAAUAAUAAUCUGCUGUUUAGCUCAUCUUGUACGUACACCUGUAAAUAUGUAUUUCUGCAAUAGAAAAGUCAAAAGCGCAUAAAUACCUGUUUUGUGAAGUUUUGUCCAUAUUUACAUGAACUGAAAGUGUCCACACAAUUGUUUGUGCAAUAAAAAGGGCAAUAUUCAUGCGCACUAUAUACUUUCACGUAAAAGUGUAAUUCUUCUUCUUCAGUCUGUGGUGUUUGCAUACGCUUCUGUGAGUUCAAUAAAAUUUCCAUAUACUUUUCUACAAGAAAUAAAAGCCACUGGUGUUUGGAGUCAUAAUUGUGCUGAAAACCGCACUGUGUUUAAAUUGUGUUCUUGUUCAUAGAAGUUCGCUUUAAUAAUUGCGAAUGUGAGUGUAUAGUUUUCAAAAAGAGUUUUUGUGUAAUUGAGUUGACGUAAUCGCCGUAGUGAAUGAGCAGCUGAGUUCUUUGUAUUUUGCUGUGAUUUUUUUGCCCUUGCCUGUAAUAGGAAAUCAAUUAUUCACAAUGUUUGUCGCACACCGUCAAGUCUCCGGUGGAUCGUUAGCCACUUGUGCAGUGGCUGUCAUCUGCAACCGAAGUGAUUGCUGCCAAAGCGAAGUAUGCAACACCAAAGAACGUGAGCUGAUAGCUAAUCAUACAAACAAAAAUAAAAAGAAAAUUUUAGUGCAAAUAGUGUUUAAUAACGAAAGCGAACAGCAAAAUGUUGGACAGUGUAAAGAAAACAAAAACAAUGUCGACCACAUUCGAUGCAGCAGUGUUGGCUACGGCCAAGCCUGCUAUUGAAGAUGCAAAUAAAAGUGCAUUAAUAACAACAAACCCAACCACACCAAAUUCAUCGCCAACAAAAGCAAAGACACUUUUCAGUUGGUUUCGAGGUGGCAACGCAAAACAAGCAAAUAAAUCCGAUUCAACGCAAAGCGAACAAAAAUACAUAAAGUGUAGCGCGGUUGAAGGGAAAGAAGUCCACACAGGGAGUCGUGCCAAGUCAUUAUCGCCACGGCCACAGCCAUCGACAAACGCGGCGGCGGAACGCGAUGUUACACUACGUGAAUUUCGUGGCGUCCAAAAUUUGCGACACUUGUGGAAUAAACGCAUUAGCGCUAGUGAGGACGCAACGCGGCAACAAAACUCACUAAGUGACAGCAAAGCGAACAAAUUAACAAAAUCCAUUGGUUGUUUAGUCAACGCAGCAAAGGUGACAGCGGGGUCUGUUUCCAGUGGCGACGAAGGCAUAACCUUGAGCCAAAAACGCGCGCAUAGCCUACACGAUUGCACGCAGGUUGGCGUUGAUAGUGAAGCAGCAGCAACAAUAGCAGUGCACGAGUCCGAGCUCCACUAUUUACAUCGGGAGAAGGACAACUUUUAUAAGUACAAAACGGCCGAACAAGCAGCAAAACAUUUGACGCGCGAGGCGCGCAUGCGUAUGAAAAGUGCGCGGCGCGUCACCGCCGGCAUCGUAAGUAGUGAGACGCGUGACGACGAUGCGCACUUUCCAGCAGUGCAGGCGAGUGACCGCGGUGAGCGCAUACAUUGGCUAAAAAGGCAAGACAUGGUAAAGAAGCGUCGUGAAAACUUGGAAAUGGAAACUUUAAAUAGCCGUAUUAACCAUGAAAAAGCCACAUCGUUAUCAAAUGACGCAAUUGUUAUCAGUGUAAGUGCAAACACCGCAGCGCGCGUCACAACAACAAAUGAUAUGGAGCCAACAACGCCGACCACCCCGUUCGAUUGGCGCGAACACCCUGCCGAGUCUUCCGAUACCGAUACUCUUGCUGCCAACAAUUCACCUCGUCUUUCAGCCAGUCGUAAGCGGAACGCACAACGCGAAACAGCUAAUACGUCGGUGGCGAAACGCAGUAGCAGCGAUUCGAACAAAUCAACCUCGCUUACAUUAUCAACAUCGGGUUCGAUAACUAGUGGUACGAACACAGGGGGGCGCAGCGCGCGUCGUACCGCCUCUUCUUCAUCGUCCUCAGCAUCCGCGCGAAAAUACAGUUUUAAAACACACACGCGCACAUUUCAUGCACCGCGAAAAAUGAGUCAACGUGAUAGCGGUAGCUUCAACAAUGGUAGCGUUGGCUUUGCUGGUAGUGGCGCCACUUUGGUGCCAGGGGGUGGUAAUAUAGUUGCCAAACUGACGCAACAAUUCAAUGAAAUGAUACAAAAAGAUAAGAAGCUGCUGGAAGAAGUGAAACGCAAGAAUGGUGUGCUCAUGUCACGCGGCGGACAUGUUUACAAAGUGGUGGAGAAUCCAAACGUCGCUUUGGAUACUAACAAACGCCUUUUGCCUAGCACAAAGCGUAGUGCGCGCGAUUCAGAAGGGUCUCUCUCAGGUCCUUCCACUGUGCAGCGAAAUAUAAUGAAAUUUGAAGGCAAUCCUGAAGCCGCUAAACCUGUGGUCCCAGCGAAAAGUGCGCAUGUUCUACAAAAGCUACGCGAACUCAACACAGCGCAACAGUAUAGUCUGAAUAACAAUGGCAGUAGUAGUGUAGCAAAGAACUUUAAACUUCAUGUCACGCCCACAGCAACAAAUGAGCUGCAGCUGAAACUCGAAAUGAAGAAAGCCCAAUUAUCGCUACCGCUCUCGCCGCCGUUAGAAGUUGUAACCGAAGAGUCGAAAACACCGCUAGAAGCAUAUGAAAAAUCAAUCUGGAGCAGCCCGUUGGGCAAGUUACAGGUAAACGUGCCAAACGCAAAAAAUAUGGAAAGCACGUACAAAAUAUACAAUAACAGUAACAAUGGCAACAUUGAUGUCGCAAAAACAUUUAACGAAGUCGACCAGCGGCAAGGAGAUGGUAUACAGCAAAGCGUUGGCAGUAGAAAUGCAUUUGAUGAAUGCCUCAGUAGCAGUACUACGCAAGAUAUGAGAAUAUCCAACGUUAAUGAUGUAAGAACCGAUGCGAAAACAUUUGAAGUUAGCAAAAGAGAUAUUGAUAUAGAAUGCGAUACGAUUUGCAUUAAGGCGAUGCCGGCAGAGGACGCAAUUAAAACCGUUGCAAUUGUAGCAAUAACGGAGGCCACCAUAAAAGCUGAGCUUAACAUUCCCACGACUGGUGCGACACUGGAAACAUUAGCUAGCGUUACUAGCAGCGAAGCAACUGCCACAAUUACCAGUACAACACCAACGUGGAGCGAAAUGCCAACAAAGGAGGAGAUAAUACAAACGCCGACCAACGCGUACAAUGACGACCAACUCGACGCCGUGAACGAUGAGAAGGCAAAGCAACGCAAACACAAAUAUGCGAAAAUUUAUGAAAAGUUCCGUUUUAGGUCACCAUUUGUUGGCGGCCACAGUAACAAGAAACUGUCAUCGAAACAGGCGACGUUGCCGACUGCAAUGACUGAAGAAAUUAAGCGACCAGUUACUGAGUUAGCGGAAGACGCAGCAUUAACCAUAGAAACAAGAACAACAACGACUACUACAACAGAGACUGAAGAGAUCAAGGAGGUCAAUAAUACUUUAAAUACCGUUAAUACAGACACACUGACCCCUGAACCAGAUUCGAAGUUACUCGAUGCACUCGAAAUCAUCGAUCACAAAUUAAAAGAUCUCGCAAUAGAACAAAACGAUGAGAAUGCUGCCGCUCUUCUACUCUCCCCGGAGGAUGACUUUGAAAAACGUGUGCUACCGAAUAACUCCUUCAUAUUUCAGGCGAGCACCGGGCAAGUGGCCAAUAAUAAAUUGAUUGUGGCACAGGCUGUCAAUGUCUCACUUGUAAACAGUAUAGAGGGAGAACAACUGAUGACGGAGCAAAAGGCACUACUGCGUCAGCAAUGCGAUUACAGCGAACUGGUACGUCCAUUAAGUGUACAAAUGGAUCAACCCAUUUUGGUGGAACUUGAAGGUGUUAAAACGACAAAAGAAGCAGCAGCUUCGACAGAGCCAAUGUACGAACCGAUUGCUGGACCGACUGAAACUACAAAGACUGAAGAACACUUAACAAUAAUAACCAACACGCUACCACAAUGCACCAUUAUGCAUUCACCACCAAAAUCCUUCCUGUAUAACAGUUUAGUGGCAGCACAAGAGAAGAAGACGCAAGAAAUAAACGAAGGUUUGAUAGAAAACUUGAAACUCAUUAAACCAUUAGCCGAAAGUAGUGAGCUUUUCGAGGACAUUUACCAAACUGUGGACGAAGCUACAGCCACAACUACAUCCACUGUGGCUGAAGCAACAAAUGUCGCACUCUUGGCUGACUAUGAAUCCAUAGCGGGUUCCGCCGAACAAACAACGCAGUUAACGUUAGCGGCUGCUACAGCAAUAACGAGUAGUAGCAAACCCUUGUACGAUGGGUAUGAAAUCUGUGAGCCACCGCCGGACAUACCACCUGCACUUUCUACGGCUGCAGUGCCUCUAAACGACAGCGCAUCCAGCAAUACAAGUGUCAAACUUAUGCAACAAAUCUCCACAAGCGUAGGAAACGUCCGUAAUACCAACGACGAACUGCCCGAGUUGCCGAAACCUAAGCGUCGUCUGCCCAAAUCGCCAAUGCCUGGUAAGCGUUCGCCCAAGUCUGCUAGCAAGAACGCAGAGUUCCUUCGAGAAAACACUAAAACCUUUAACAGCAGAUUAGGUUGUAGCAAGAGCAGCAGUAAUAGCACAAUCCCUGCAAUAGACGAUCAUGACGACGAGCAUCAUUACUAUGCAGAUGAUGAAAACAUCUAUGACACCAUUAAGGGUUCAGACUGUUACGAAUCGGUGCAAACUGCUGACAGUGCAACACAAAAAUCCAUUAAUACUAUAACAAAAUGUGUUAGUGAUAACAUUUCUCUCACCUCGAAUUGCUACGAGAGCAUCGCUCAUUACCGUCGUAUUAGUAACGGUACUGUUGUCGGCCAUUUGACGGGAAGUAGUAGUGGUUCGACGCUUACCAUCUCAUCAGAUCACAAAACGAAUAGUUUAUACGAAAUGUCUGUGACGGCCAGUAUGAUCUAUGGCACGGGUAGUCUGGGCUCAAGGCAGUCGUCGACGGCGCAAAAAUCAAGUGCAAGCAUUUCCGGGCGCAUCGGUGCUGUUACUAAUAAUGGUAGCGAUGAGAAUAGUGAUGGUCACGCUGGCACAAAGAACUAUACUCAGUCGCAUUGUGGCACGACAAGUGACAACAGUGAUGAAUGGGUGGAUAUAUCAGAUCCCGAGGCGGAAGGUGCGGAGCAAGUUGUCAAACCGCAAUUCAUUGUUGUACGUGAACGUUCCAAAGUACAUCGCAGUCCUGAUUGGUCGAAACGUGUCAGAGACAAAAGAUUACAUCAAAAAAAGGCGAUCAGUUGUAUUGAAGGUAUUUCAUAUAAAUAUUACAAAUGCCAAAGGCAUGAAAUCUAACACAACCGUACGCGGAACAUCCUCAAUUCCAAAUGGUUCUCACAAAAAGUUGGCCAACUCAAAAGAUCAAGGGAAAUCGCAGCAUCUGUGGGGAAUGAGUCAUGUUCAAUCGUUUCAAUAAAAUUUGUAGUUCGGGAAGCGAAGUCGUCAUAAUAAAAGUAGGUGGGUCUCAUCUAUUCGAGGCUAAAUUGAAUUUUUCAUUUAUGUCAAGAUAUUUUAAUGACGAGUUUCCAUUAGAGGCAGAUGCUAGGUUUAUUAAUUAUGAACACAGAAAUGAACAUAAGCUCUUGAUAAUCAAAUUAUUUAGCCUCG